GGGCGGAAGCGAGAAGCCGCAGCUACCGCGUAAGCCUCUCGGCUGCUCGGCGCAACCGCGGGUCGCCUGAGCAAGCCGGCGCUGCGUUUGGCGUCGGCUUCCGGGCCGAGCGGGGUGAAGAGGAGGUCGGGGUGGCGGGAGGCGAAGACUCAUGAAAUGGCCACAGAUGAUAAGAGUUCCCCGACACUGGACUCUGCUAAUGAUUUGCCUCGCUCUCCCACCAGUCCUUCUCAUCUCACUCACUUUAAACCGCUGACUCCUGACCAGGAUGAACCUGCCUUCAAGUCAGCAUAUAGUUCUUUUGUAAAUCUUUUUCGUUUUAACAAAGAGAGAGGAGAAGGGGCCCAAGGAGAGCACCAGUCCCCAAGUGCAAGUUGGUCCAGCCCUCAGAUCUCUUCAAGGACACAGUCUGUGAGGUCACCUGUACCUUAUAAAAAGCAGCUUAAUGAGGAGCUUCAGCGGCGCUCUUCAGUGUUAGCAGAGACCACUUUGCCACAUCCUCAGGAGAGUACAGACUCUAGAAGGAAAGCAGAACCAGCCUUUGGAGGUCAUGACCCACGAACAGCUGUUCAGCUUCGGAGCCUCAGUACAGUAUUGAAACGCCUCAAGGAAAUCAUGGAAGGGAAAAGCCAGGACAGUGACCUGAAGCAAUAUUGGAUGCCAGAUAGUCAAUGUAAAGAGUGCUAUGACUGCAGUGAAAAAUUUACAACCUUUAGGCGCAGACACCAUUGCAGACUGUGUGGGCAGAUUUUCUGCAGUCGUUGUUGUAAUCAAGAAAUCCCUGGAAAAUUUAUGGGCUAUACAGGAGACCUCCGAGCGUGCACAUACUGUAGAAAAAUAGCCUUAAGUUAUGCUCAUUCCACAGACAGUAAUUCCAUUGGGGAAGACUUGAAUGCUCUUUCAGAUUCAACUUGCUCUGUGUCUAUACUUGAUCCAAGUGAACCUCGGACACCUGUUGGGAGUAGAAAAGCCAGUCGUAACAUAUUCUUAGAGGAUGAUUUAGCCUGGCAGAGUUUGAUUCAUCCAGACUCCUCAAAUAGUGCUCUUUCAACCAGACUUGUAUCUGUACAAGAGGAUGCUGGGAAGUCUCCUGCUCGAAACAGAUCAGCCAGCAUUACCAAUCUGUUACUGGAUCGGCCUGGUUCUCCUAUGGCUCCUUCGCAUGAGACAUCUGUCAGUCCCCGGGCUAACCGGACCUGUGUUAGGUCAGAGACUACUGAGGAUGAACGCAAAAUUCUUCUGGACAGUGUUCAGUUAAAGGAUCUGUGGAAGAAAAUCUGCCAUCAUACCAGUGGGAUGGAAUUUCAGGAUCACCGUUAUUGGUUGAGAACACAUCCCAACUGCAUUGUAGGCAAGGAAUUAGUCAACUGGCUCAUCAGAAACGGACACAUUGCUACGAGGGCACAAGCUAUAGCAAUUGGACAAGCAAUGGUUGAUGGACGUUGGUUGGAUUGUGUCAGUCAUCAUGACCAACUUUUCAGGGACGAGUAUGCACUGUAUAGACCACUGCAGAGCACGGAAUUUUCUGAAACACCCUCUCCAGAUAGUGACUCGGUGAACUCUGUGGAAGGACACUCUGAGCCAUCUUGGUUUAAAGACAUAAAAUUUGAUGAUAGUGACACAGAGCAGAUUGCUGAAGAAGGUGAUGAUAAUUUAGCUAAUUCUGCCAGUCCUAGCAAGCGCACCUCAGUCAGCAGUUUCCAGUCCACAGUGGACAGUGACUCAGCCGCUUCCAUCAGCCUGAACGUGGAGCUGGACAACGUGAACUUCCAUAUCAAGAAGCCCUCCAAGUACCCACAUGUGCCCCCUCACCCUGCUGACCAAAAAGAGUAUUUGGUUUCUGACACUGGAGGACAGCAGCUCUCAAUAAGUGAUGCCUUCAUCAAAGAGUCCUUAUUUAAUCGACGAGUAGAGGAAAAAUCCAAAGAGCUGCCUUUCACUCCUCUGGGCUGGCAUCAUAACAACUUGGAGCUCUUGCGGGAGGAGAAUGAGGAGAAGCAAGCCAUGGAAAGGCUGCUUUCAGCUAAUCAUAACCACAUGAUGGCACUACUCCAGCAAUUGCUUCAUAAUGAAUCAUUGUCAUCAUCUUGGAGGGACAUCAUUGUGUCACUCGUCUGCCAGGUUGUUCAGACAGUCCGACCUGAUGUCAAGCACCAGGAUGAUGACAUGGAUAUCCGUCAAUUUGUCCACAUCAAGAAGAUCCCAGGUGGAAAGAAAUUUGAUUCCAUGGUUGUCAAUGGCUUUGUUUGUACCAAAAACAUUGCGCAUAAAAAGAUGAAUUCUUGUAUUAAAAACCCCAAAAUCCUUCUGUUGAAGUGUUCCAUUGAGUAUCUAUAUAGAGAAGAAACUAAGUUUACUUGCAUUGAUCCUAUUGUGCUUCAGGAAAGGGAAUUCUUGAAGAAUUAUGUGCAGCGAAUAGUUGAUGUUCGGCCCACAUUGGUUCUAGUUGAGAAAACAGUGUCUCGGAUCGCUCAGGACAUGUUACUGGAGCACGGCAUUACUCUGGUCAUUAAUGUAAAGUCACAAGUUUUAGAACGAAUUAGUCGGAUGACCCAAGGUGAUUUAGUGGUAUCCAUGGACCAGCUGCUUACUAAACCACACCUGGGCACUUGCCACAAAUUUUAUAUGCAGAUAUUUCAGUUGCCUAAUGAGCAAACCAAAACACUGAUGUUUUUUGAAGGCUGCCCACAGCACCUUGGCUGCACAAUCAAGCUAAGAGGAGGCUCUGAGUAUGAGCUGGCUCGAGUUAAGGAGAUCCUAAUAUUUAUGACCUGUGUAGCUUAUCAUUCUCAGCUAGAAAUCUCCUUUCUCAUGGAUGAGUUUGCUAUGCCUCCAACAUUAACGCAAAGCCCUUCAUUCCACUCUCUGACUGAGGGCUUAGGGGAAGAGGGAGUUCCUCAGGAGCAGUUCAGUGGUAGCUCCCUUCCCCAGGACCCAGAGUGCCCUCCUGAUUCCCUGUCUUCUGAUGAUAGCACUUUGGUGGAAUCAAGGAUUGUGCUUGAGAAGGGUGAGCAAGACAAUAAAAGUGUUCCACAGGCUGUUACCUCUUUGAAGCAUCAAGAUUACACCACUCCCACUUGCCCAGCAGGUAUCCCCUGUGCUCUCUUUGCAUUGGUACCUGAGGCAUUGUUACCUCUCCAUAUGGAUCAACAGGAUGCUGUAGGAAAUGAACAGCCAGAGACAUUGCAGCAAACAGAUGAACAACAGGAUCCCAAAAGCCAGAUGAGAGCCUUUAGAGACCCUCUACAAGAUGACACUGGAAUGUAUGUUACUGAGGAAGUCACCUCCUCUGAAGAUAAACGAAAGACUUAUUCCUUGACAUUUAAACAGGAAUUAAAAGAUGUGAUCCUCUGUAUCUCUCCAGUUAUUACAUUCCGGGAACCUUUCCUUUUAACUGAAAAGGGGAUGAGGUGCUCAACUCGAGAUUAUUUUCCAGAACAGAUUUACUGGUCUCCUCUUCUCAACAAAGAGGUAAAGGAAAUGGAGAGCAGGAGGAAGAAACAGCUGCUUAGGGAUCUCUCUGGACUUCAGGGCAUGAAUGGCAGUGUUCAGGCCAAGUCUAUUCACGUCUUACCCUCACAUGAAUUAGUGAGCACCAGGAUUGCCGAACAUCUGGGUGAUAGCCAGAGGCUGGGUAGAAUGCUGGCUGAUUAUCGAGCUAGAGGAGGAAGAAUUCAGUCAAAACAUUUGGACCCUUUUGUCCACUCAAAAGAUACAUCAUGUACUUCAAGUGGCAAAUCAGGAAACAAAACUGAGAGUGAUGAAGAGAGGGGAUUGAUUCCAAGUGAUGUCUUAUGGUCAGCAAAGGUGGACUGUCUGAAUCCUGCUAACCACCAGAGGCUGUGUGUGCUCUUCAGCAGCUCAUCUGCCCAGUCCAGCAACGCUCCCAGUGCCUGUGUCAGUCCUUGGAUUGUAACAAUGGAAUUUUAUGGAAAGAAUGAUCUUACACUGGGAAUAUUUUUAGAGAGAUACUGUUUCAGGUCAUCCUACCAAUGUCCUAGCAUGUUCUGUGACACUCCCAUGGUGCAUCACAUUCGACGCUUUGUUCAUGGCCAAGGCUGUGUGCAGAUAAUCCUGAAGGAGUUGGAUUCUCCAGUGCCUGGAUAUCAACAUACAAUUCUAACAUAUUCCUGGUGCAGAAUCUGCAAACAAGUAACACCAGUUGUUGCGCUUUCAAAUGAAUCUUGGUCUAUGUCAUUUGCAAAGUACCUUGAACUUCGAUUUUAUGGGCACCAGUACACACGCAGAGCAAAUGCUGAGCCAUGUGGUCACUCUAUCCACCAUGAUUAUCACCAGUAUUUCUCUUAUAACCAGAUGGUGGCAUCUUUCAGUUAUUCUCCUAUUCGGCUCCUUGAAGUGUGUGUUCCACUACCAAAAAUAUUCAUUAAACGUCAAGCCCCACUGAAGGUGUCUCUUCUUCAGGAUCUUAAGGACUUUUUUCAGAAAGUUUCCCAGGUAUACCUAGCUGUAGAUGAAAGACUUGCAUCCUUGAAAACGGAUACAUUUAGCAAAACAAGAGAGGAAAAAAUGGAAGAUAUCUUUGCACAAAAAGAGAUGGAAGAGGGCGAGUUCAAGAACUGGACUGAGAAGAUGCAAGCCAGGCUUAUGUCUUCCUCUGUGGACACCCCUCAGCAGCUACAGUCCAUCUUUGAGUCACUCAUUGCCAAGAAGCAAAGCCUCUGUGAAGUGCUGCAGGCAUGGAACAGCAGGUUGCAGGACCUUUUCCAGCAGGAAAAAGGUAGAAAGAGGCCUUCGGUUCCUCCCAGUCCUGGGAGACUGAGACAAGGUGAAGAAAGCAAGAUAAGUGCAAUGGACACAUCUCCAAGGAAUAUUUCUCCAGGACUUCACAAUGGAGAAAAAGAGGAUCGAUUCUUGACAACCCUGUCCAGUCAGAGCUCCACGAGCUCCGCCCAUCUCCAGCUGCCCACUCCUCCUGAGGCACUGGCUGAGCAGUUAGUGGGAGGGCCCUCCGACCUAGAUACUGCCAGUGGCUCUGAAGAUGUAUUUGAUGGGCAUUUGCUGGGAUCCACAGACAGCCAAGUGAAGGAAAAGUCAACCAUGAAAGCCAUCUUUGCUAAUUUGCUUCCAGGAAACAGCUAUAAUCCCAUUCCAUUUCCUUUUGAUCCAGAUAAACACUAUUUAAUGUAUGAACAUGAGCGGGUGCCCAUUGCCGUCUGUGAGAAAGAGCCCAGCUCCAUCAUUGCUUUUGCACUCAGUUGUAAAGAAUACCGAAAUGCCUUAGAGGAAUUGUCCAAAGCAACUCUGUGGAACACUGCUGAAGAAGGGCUUCCAACAAAUAGUGCUUUAGAUAACAGACCAAAGAGCAGCAGCCCUAUUAGAUUACCUGAAAUCAGUGGAGGGCAGACAAGCCGUACAGGAGAAGGAGAACCGCAACCAACCAAAAAAGCUUCGGGAAUGUUGUCCUUCUUCAGAGGAACAGCAGGGAAGAGCCCUGAUCUCUCUUCUCAGAAGAGGGAGACCUUACGCGGGGCAGACAGUGCUUACUACCAGGUUGGGCAGACCGGCAAGGAGGGGACAGAGAAUCAAGGCCUUGAGCCGCAAGAUGAGGUAGACGGAGGAGAUACACAGAAGAAACAACUCACAAAUCCUCAUGUGGAACUUCAAUUUUCGGAUGCUAAUGCCAAGUUUUACUGUCGGCUGUACUAUGCGGGAGAGUUCCAUAAGAUGCGUGAAGUGAUUUUGGGCAGCAGUGAGGAAGAUUUCAUUCGCUCCCUUUCUCACUCGUCACCCUGGCAGGCCCGGGGAGGCAAGUCAGGAGCCGCUUUCUAUGCCACGGAAGAUGAUAGAUUCAUUCUGAAGCAAAUGCCUCGUCUGGAAGUCCAGUCUUUCCUUGACUUUGCGCCACACUACUUCAAUUAUAUCACAAAUGCUGUUCAACAAAAGAGGCCCACGGCUUUGGCUAAAAUUCUUGGCGUUUACAGAAUUGGUUAUAAGAACUCUCAGAACAACACAGAGAAGAAGUUAGAUCUCCUUGUCAUGGAAAAUCUUUUCUAUGGGAGAAAGAUGGCACAGGUUUUUGAUUUGAAGGGUUCGCUUAGGAAUCGAAAUGUAAAAACUGACACUGGGAAAGAGAGUUGUGAUGUGGUUCUGCUGGAUGAAAACCUCCUAAAGAUGGUUCGAGACAACCCUCUGUAUAUUCGUUCCCAUUCAAAAUCUGUGCUGAGAACCUCCAUCCAUAGUGAUGCCCAUUUCCUUUCAAGCCACCUCAUUAUAGACUAUUCUUUGCUGGUUGGUCGAGAUGACACUAGCAAUGAGCUGGUAGUUGGAAUUAUAGAUUAUAUUCGAACAUUUACGUGGGACAAAAAGCUUGAGAUGGUUGUGAAGUCAACAGGUAUUUUAGGAGGACAAGGUAAAAUGCCAACUGUGGUCUCUCCAGAGUUGUAUAGGACUAGAUUUUGUGAAGCAAUGGACAAGUAUUUCCUGAUGGUGCCAGACCACUGGACAGGAUUGGAUCUGAAUUGCUGAACUCAUGCAGAUGAUUUGAAAUAGACUGAAGGAAAGUGGAUCUAAGGAAGAAACCCAAACUAUAAGACGUUUUAUUUCUUUGUCACAUAUAUACCACUUGAACACAAAAACCUUUCAGUUCUGGGGCUGUCUAUAGACUUCCCUUUAACUGCAGGGUAAAAUCUCUGUGAAUUGUACUUUGCUUCUGAUACUUGCAGUUAUCUGCCUGUAAAAUGGGAAAUUGUACAAAGUUAAAUACAGGUUCUUUUCAAAGGGUUGCGAUUAGAGAUGAGCAUAUAGGUAGAGUAAGUAAUUGACUUGUCAUAUGUACUAACUCAGUUGCUUGAAGAAGAAAGCACUGUCUGAUAGACACUGACCGUCUGAUAGACACUGACCGUCCGUCCGGUAGACUGUGACUGUCUGGCAGGCUGUGAUUGGGUAGACGCUGACUGUCUGGCAGGCUGUGAUUGGGUAGACGCUGACUGUCCGGUAGACUGUGACUGUCUGGCACCACGUUUGACAUUUUUUCCCGAGAAGGUACUUGAAGAACUUCUUGAUUUGUUUUAUGUUUCUUGUGUAGUAACUUUGUUUGUUCUUAUCAUUUCUGAAACAUUUAGGAAAAUUCUGAUUUAUUCCAUUAAUGGCCAGUUAAACAGGUUGGUGCUUGCUUUAUGAGGAAUUUGACUUAUUGGGAGUCUUGUCACACUCUGUAUUCUCCAGCUCGUCUUGUUUUUAAUUAUGUUUGAUGCUUUCACAUUCUAUCUUUUCUGCAGGUGACAAGAGCCUACAACCCUUAACUUUAAAGCCUGUCUAGAGCAUUUUAAGGAGCUUGUUUAAAAUGUGCUGUGUGCCAAACAGCAUUUAACCCGCAUGUGUGUUCAUAGUCUAGAUUUUCCUCUUAUUGUGAGGAAACAAAAUGAACAGUAAAUGAAUCUGAAGUCACUGAUUCCACAAGUACAGAAUUAGUAAUGAAGACUUUUUAUCAGUAAAAGACUAGACCCAAUCCAAGAAACUGAGAAGGAAACAGUUGUGGUUUUGUUUAUUUCAUUUUUGCACAUAUAGUAUCUUUCAACACUACUAGCAGUUUAGUGGGAUUUGUAAAAUUAGAGUGUUUUUCAGUGUGGAUCUUCUCAUGUUAAAAUUUCCACCACCCUGACCAGUGCUGCUGAGAAAUGCUGAGAGGUAAAGUUACUCAUUCUUAAGGACCUUGUUUCCUAGUCAGCAAUCCCAUCUAAACUAAGUCCCGAAGUGUGAGGAAAUACUUUCACCUCGCAAUAUGCUAGAAUUCUCUUGGCUUUUCUGUAACAAGGGCAUUUGGACAUUUAAAAGUUGUAAGAGUCCACUCCCUUAGACUUCCUCUAAUCGCACAUUAAUACUCACAAAGGGCUGGAUGCACUCUGCCACACAGGAUAGUCUGCACCUGAAUUAGGCACAGUCUGGUGGGUUUGCUGUAGAGAAGGAAGCAGUAGCUAGCUAUUCAUUGCCUGUUGAGAGCGUGGCUAAUUUUGAACUCAAAGGGUUUAUGUCUGUUUGAUGUUAAGCCUCAGCCGCCUCAGUCUUGUAUCUGUGCCUUGGGAAGGCGGACCAAACACUGAAGAGUCCAGUUGUGGUAAAGGAGUUGUACAGACUUGAAGAUUGCAAGGAACACUUAUUUUCCAUGCGUCUAGGAACAAAGACUUUUGUGUCUGGUUUGAAAAGCCAGCUCUAAUUUGUCUCUGUUCAUUUUUUUCUGUCUGAUUGUUUAGGCUAUAGAACCAGGAAGAUGUCUUGUUUCUGUUUUUCUUUUUGUUUUCAGUACAGUGUGCAUAGCUGAGCUGAGCUUCAGAGGAAUAACUCUGGACAUUGACAUGGCAUAGCUAUCUUCUCUUGCCCCUGACUUGAAAAGCAGUUUUUAAAGUAUUGUUGUAUUUGAUAUUUUGGUGACUAAACUUUGUUAAGCAAGAGUUACUGCUUUGAAAGCUUUAUUUGUUUUUUUAAAACUUAAUGUCUGGCUGGUAUUAAUGAAGGGGAAAUGCACAAUUGAACUGUUGUGCGUGGUACAAAUGUGUGACUCCUGGCUGCUUGCAGCUAAUUACUACCAUGGAUAUGGAUGUAUAUUCAAUGUUUUCAAUUGAAUGGCUGUUGUCCUCUUGAGCUCCCUUUCAUGGCCUAAUUAAUGCUGAAAAGUUGUGAAUCAGGAAGAAAUCUCAUGCUCAAAAUAUAAUAUGAAUUCCAAAGUAACUGAUAGUAACAUGAGAAAACUAUGUCAACAUGUUGCUUUGUAAAAUUGUAUUUAUAAAUAUGAAGCUUUUUGAUGACAUAAAAAUUUGUUGAAAAAAAUAGCAAGGAUUUAAUUUUAUUCCUAUGUGCCUGAGGGAAGAAAGCAGAAAUAAGCUGUUGUGAACCCUCUUAUUGUCUACUGAGUUUACUGUAUAGAUUCUCAAGAUUUCCUACGGAAUGUCUGAGCAGUGUUUUUAGCUGUGGUAUCUGUGUAAAUAAUGGGGUCAUUCAUACCAGCGUUGGCUUACGCAGUUAAUGCGGUUGUGGCCGAUGGCUUCUUGGCACUGUGGCCAUUAGCAGUGGGCUUCUGUGGAAGUUCCAAGCUGAGUAACCUGCCUGUGGGAAGUUAGCUGACUUUCAAGUGUGAAAACUGUUUUGAGUGAGCCUGGUGGUGAGUCUGACCAGGACAUUCGUUCUUCCAAAGUGACUUAUGCAGUAUUCAAACCAUCUAGUGCAAUGCCUUUUUUUUUCCCCCUCCGGUUGGUUUGUAACAGGUGCAGUGUAUUACAGAAAAAACAAAAACAAAAACAAAAAAAUCACAAUCAUGAGCAGUUUUGUUAAUGCUGCUUUGUCAGUUUUGUAAAAGAAAAUGUAUAUAAUGUCUUUCAACAGGUUUUAAAUUAGAGGAAAUAACAUUGUAAAUCACAGUAGCCUCCUAAUUUAAUAUGAAAAACUCAAUAUUAAGAGUACUUAAUGUAUUAUAAUGUAUAUAUUGCUCUAACUUUGUUUCCAGCUGUUUUAUAUGAUUGACUUGUUAUUUAAAGAUAACUACCCUAGCCUUUUAGAGACUUGUACUAUAAGUAAAGAGGACCUUCAAUAAACUGGAAUUUACUUAA